AAAAAAAUAGUACAUUACUGAAUUAGUUAAAUAUAAAAAUAAAACUUCAAAUAUAUAAACGAGAUCCUAAACUAAAAAAAUUUACCUUCGACGAUUGCCAACCUUUGGGCACCCAAGCGCCACCUACAGUUCAAUGCUCAUUCAUUGACAAAUAUCGAUAUUAGUAAAAUUUAUCGGAAACUUGUAGAGAAAUACCAAAAAUCCCUCACCUAAUUCAGCUUUAUAUGUAUAUAUCUCUGCGUUUCACUGUCACUUGAAUUCAUUUGAAUUUCUACUUGCAACCGGGCAAGUUCAGCGCAGUUCGAAUCCCAGUUUUGGUUGGCGAGUGUGCUGCACCCACAUAGGGCAAUAGAUUCAAUAAAUAUCAAACGACGACGAGUGCCCGCAAUGAAAUUCCUGAUCUGUGCACUUUUCUUGGCGGCGUCCUACGUGGCCGCUUCCGCCGAGGCGGAGGUCAAAGUUGAGGAGGGUGUUCUGGUGGCGACGGUGGACAACUUCAAGCAGCUGAUUGCCGACAACGAGUUCGUGCUGGUCGAGUUCUACGCCCCAUGGUGCGGACACUGCAAAGCUCUGGCUCCCGAGUACGCCAAGGCUGCCCAGCAACUGGCCGAGAAGGAGUCGCCCAUCAAGCUGGCCAAGGUCGAUGCCACCGUCGAGGGUGAGCUGGCCGAGCAGUACGCCGUCCGUGGCUACCCCACUCUGAAGUUCUUCCGCAGCGGCUCUCCAGUGGAGUACAGCGGUGGCCGCCAGGCCGCUGACAUCAUUGCCUGGGUGACCAAGAAGACCGGCCCACCAGCCAAGGAUCUGACCAGCGUCGCUGAUGCCGAGCAAUUCCUUAAGGACAACGAGAUCGCCAUCAUUGGAUUCUUCAAGGACCUGGAAUCGGAGGAGGCCAAGACCUUCACCAAAGUCGCCAACGCCCUGGACUCGUUCGUCUUUGGUGUGAGCAGCAAUGCCGAUGUGAUUGCCAAGUACGAGGCUAAGGACAAUGGAGUGGUUCUGUUCAAGCCCUUCGACGACAAGAAGUCCGUGUUCGAGGGUGAGCUGAACGAGGAAAACCUGAAGAAGUUCGCCCAGGUGCAGUCUCUGCCCCUGAUCGUUGACUUCAACCACGAAUCUGCUUCCAAGAUCUUCGGUGGCUCGAUCAAGUCGCAUCUGCUGUUCUUCGUGUCCAGGGAGGGCGGCCACAUCGAGAAGUACGUCGAUCCCCUGAAGGAGAUCGCCAAGAAGUACCGCGACGACAUCCUGUUCGUGACCAUCUCGUCCGACGAGGAGGACCAUACCCGCAUCUUCGAGUUCUUCGGCAUGAACAAGGAGGAGGUGCCCACCAUCCGUCUGAUCAAGCUGGAAGAGGACAUGGCCAAGUACAAGCCCGAAUCGGACGAUCUGUCCGCCGAGACCAUCGAGGCGUUCCUUAAGAAGUUCCUGGACGGCAAGCUGAAGCAACACCUCCUUUCCCAGGAGCUGCCCGAGGAUUGGGACAAGAACCCCGUCAAGGUGCUGGUAUCCAGCAACUUCGAGAGCGUUGCCCUGGACAAGAGCAAGAGCGUGCUGGUUGAGUUCUACGCCCCAUGGUGCGGACACUGCAAGCAGCUGGCCCCCAUCUACGACCAGCUGGCUGAGAAGUACAAGGACAAUGAGGAUAUUGUCAUUGCCAAGAUGGACUCCACUGCCAACGAGCUGGAGAGCAUUAAGAUCUCGUCCUUCCCCACAAUCAAAUACUUCCGCAAGGAGGACAACAAGGUCAUCGACUUCAACCUGGACAGGACUCUCGAUGAUUUCGUCAAGUUCCUCGAUGCCAACGGUGAGGUGGCCGAUUCCGAGCCCGUCGAGGAGACCGAGGAGGAGGAGGAGGCGCCCAAGAAGGACGAGUUGUAAAUCCAACAAUUACCACACACCCACACAAACAUCUGCACACACAAAAAUCCAACAACUAUGAACAGAAACAAAAAGCCACAACUAGCAACGUACAUUCUGUAGUUUACUUCUUAAGUUUCGGCGCAUGUGGGCCACCGGAGUUUCCCCAUUCGCCGGCUGAGUUUUUAUCAGUCGGAGGAUGGGGUCAGCUGGUCGCCAGUGUAGCCAUCGAAGCUUUUUGCCCGCCCACGGUUUUUAUUCGCAUACUUCCGUUGUAUGUAGUACAUUUGCGACGCAGAUAACGAUGAUUACACGUCCGCUGUUUGCAUGAACUUAAAAUUCAGUUUUAAUGAAGAAUUAAAGAAAACGAUAAAAUUUUAAAUGUAAUACUAUAAGUUUUCUAUUUUGGAAUUUUUAGAAUCAUUGAAAGAACUGAUUAAGAACGUAACAAAUAAAGUUGGUAACAACAUU